CAACUCGCAAGGCAAAUACACUUCCAACACAAACUCACUCAAUUCCCCUGCUCUGCUCCUCGCCACACCACACGAGCUCACCGCGGAACGCAGGACGUACGGGCGAACCUUCUAUAGGCUUCCGGCAGACACCGCCGCGGUGGCGCCGUCCACGUCCCAGUCGCCGGGCCUCUCCCGCCGCAAAACCGCAUCAGCCGAGACGAAUUCGUCCGAGGCAGCGGCCACCAGCCUCGCCGGCGCCCUCGCGCGUGAGCGGACAAGGCGUCGCGGCGAGCCGGAGGAGGAGGACGAGGUGCCCUUCUGGCAGAGAACCUGGUUCCUGGCACUGCUGCUGGCGAUGGCUGCCGCGUCCUUGGCGCUCGCGUUGCUGCUCUACCUCGGCCUCGAUUUCCCUGAGGCGUCGCCGGCGCAGUCCUACGCCGCCGAACCGGAUACUGCUGUCGAGAUUUCCUACGGAUCAGUGAUCAAGUUGAUGCAUGAGAGGACCAAGUUUCGGCUGCAUUCCCACGACGUGCCCUAUGGAUCUGGGAGCGGCCAGCAGUCGGUCACCGGCUUCCCCAAUGUGGACGACGCCAAUAGCUACUGGAUCGUGAGACCUCAGCCGGAUACUUCAGCAAAACAAGGCCAUCCUAUAACACAUGGAACAAUCGUAAGGCUUCAACAUAUGAGGACAAGAAAGUGGUUGCACAGUCAUCUGCAUGCUUCUCCCAUUACAGGAAAUUUGGAGGUUAGUUGCUUUGGUGGCGAGGGUGAAUCAGAUACGGGAGAUUAUUGGAUGCUUGAGAUCGAGGGCAGUGGAAAAACGUGGCGGCAAAAGCAGAGAAUUCGAUUGCGCCAUGUUGACACUGGUGGCUAUCUCCACAGCCAUGACAGGAAGUACACCCGCAUUGCGGGGGGGCAGCAAGAGGUAUGCGGGGUUGGCGACAAGCGACCUGACAAUGUCUGGGUUGCAGCUGAAGGCGUCUACCUCCCGGUGAGCCAGCCCAAAUAGCUGAAUUGCUGGAUGAGAGGUGCCAUCACUGAUAGAAUGAUCGCGUAUGAUUCGGGAUACUGGAGUUGUAAUCAUUAGAAAUAUUUGACCAUGCCAAGUUCAGUUCACUUGAGCUAUUAAUGUAAAUUGUAAUGUAAGCUUGCUGCGUAUGAACUGAAGAUCACAUGAUGUAGCUGGUUGCAACUUCUUA